UUUUUCAUGAAGUACGCAGAGCAGUGGAGUUUGUGACCUGACUACAUAACCCUGGACUGUGUUGAUAGUAUCUGCUUUGUGUUUUCUUGGUGGGUGUAACUGGUGCACCACUGCUUUAUUGAGUGAUUGAUUUGGGGUCUUGGACACGUAGCGGUUGUCAUACGGUUCACGUUAUGCGGUGACAGUGACAAAGUGACUUCUUUCAGCUAAAACAAGCUAGCCCAGCUAGCCUGCUCGGUCGGCUCAGUCAGGCAACUUCACGUCCGCCAGUCCAGCAGCUCGUAUUACCUCUCCGCUAGUUUUUCAGCUUCUUUUGGGGGGCUUCAAAUGGCUUUGGUAACAGCGUUAAGACGGCUGGCUCAGAUUAGUCUACGAGAACAUUCCCGGAGGACGUCGGCAGUAACCUGGCUGAUGGGACAGAGGAGUUUUACCGCAGGCACACAGCCCCUGAGAUUGGACAACAAGGUGACGAUCAACUUCAUCAACCGAGACGGGGAGAAGAUCACAGCGAAGGGAUCGCCUGGAGACACUCUGUUAGACGUUGUCAUCAAUGAAGAUCUCGACUUUGAUGGUUUUGGAGCGUGCGAGGGAACACUGGCGUGCUCCACGUGCCAUCUGAUCUUUGAUGAGGAAGUAUAUAAGAAGCUGGGACCCAUCACAGACGAGGAAAUGGACAUGCUAGACUUAGCCUAUGGCCUGACUGACACAUCUCGUCUGGGUUGCCAGAUCUGCCUGACAAAGUCUCUGGAGGGAAUGGUAGCCAAGGUUCCAGAUAGUGUAGCUGACAUCCGACAGACCAAAGAUGGAUCAUCUUAACAGGGAACAUGUGACUGAGACCAUAAAUAUAAAAAAAUGAGGGUACCUCAAAUGUACACAGAGACGAUGGUAGGUGAUCUGUCAGUAAUGCCACGGGCUGCCACAGAACUCUUUCCCACUUUUUUUUUGUUUUGUUUUUUUAAUAACACAAACUACCAAGUCAUAGACUACUAGAGCCAGCUCUCAAAAACCAGGAAGCACAGAUAUGCCACUCGGCCUCGCAGUAUAAUUUUUUAUAGAAAGUAAAUUUGCGCUAUGCAAGAUUUUUAGAGGAACGAGGCAAACUGUAAUGCUCAGUUUACAGGGGGAACGUGCAGCCCUGGUAAGGAAUCAUAAAGUAUUUAUGAGAUAUAAAAUGCUACCUAUAAGAUCUCAUAUAAUCCAUUCUGUUCAUUUUAAUCAUUGUCUGAAAAAAUGUUACUUAUUUGUCAAUGUGAAUGAAGCGUGUUGUUUAUUAACCCGCAGACUCCAGCCGGCCGCUCUACCUUUCAUUAAUUGAGAUUUUCUGUGACUACAUUUAUACUAUGGGCUCACUUUUAUACCUCACAUGGAGCUGGACCUUCUGGAAGUGUACACUCUUUGUCUCAUAUGUAACUUCAGUCAGCCCUAUGGAGGACCAAAACCGCCAGAAUAAAAUAAAUGACUUGGUAUGUAAAUAUGCAAUUACAUGCCCCAAAGUGGUUGCAUUAAAAAAAAAAAAAAAAAACCUAAAUAUUGGGCAAAAAAAACAAAAAUCAAAGGAAAAUAAUUCUUAAAUUUCAAGUGUCAUUCAAAAAAUUAAGGCAUUUUUUUUUUUUUUUUUUUUUUAAAAAGGGAAAGUAAAUGUUAAUACAGAAGAAAGUUAAAUACUUUGUCACAUAUGCUAAACAUGUUUUUACAUUUUUGUUGCAUUUAAUGGAAUUAAGUUUUUUGAGUUCAUUUCUUUCUUUUUGGUGUUUUUGAUCUUCCAUAGAGGUUGACUUAACCAACAGUACUCAACAGCCCCCCCAAAAAACAUCUAUUUUACUACAUGUGUAUAACCCUGUUGUUAUUUUUGAUUAGAUCCUUCACGUGACCUUAAUCAUUUCACUAUGUGUACACACAAGCAUCUUUAAGAGUGAAAACAUCUAAUAAAAAUUCACCUUUCUAAUGGCA